CUCCGGCUCCGGCCCCUCCACAGGCCGCGCGUCCCCCGAGCUGUCCCCUCAGCGUCGGGGGUGAGGUGGGAUGAGGUGGAAUUAGUGGGAUUAGGUGGGAAUAAAGCCGGGAUAAGGUGGGUUUCCUGCUGCCGGGGGCUUUGGGGAGAUGGGGGGAGGGCUGCGUGCCCGGGGUAGGCCCGAGGCCUUUCCUUAGGGCUUGUCCCCCCCUCUUAAAUUUGCGUUCCCAGCGCAGGUGCUUUAUAAAUCUCCUCAAUUUCAGGUAAAACCUCGUUCCUUCCUGUUGUAGCAACGCGUCUAAAGGGCAUUUCUGAUGUAGUCACCUAAUUACUCCUCAUUCCCUAAAGGAACUUAAGGAGCUGAGUAACUCUGGAUGCAGCCGGGCUGAAUUCCUCCCGUAGGUUGUUAAAACAACGCAAUUCGGUGAAUUUUUAGGAGGCUUCUCUUGUUUUAAAGGUUGGAGCUGAGAGGUUUCUGCUUUCUGACGUCGAAUUUUGUUAUGGAAACGCCAGAAGGAGUUGUUUUUUUUUUUGUUGUUGUUGUUGCAGGGAUCAGAGCCUCCAGGUUAUUCCCAGAAUUGCACUCAGGGUCACACUUGCUAUGGAAAACCCGGCUUUAUUUGUAAAAAAGUAAAAAAUAAGAGGAGAUUUCUUGGGGAAUAAAGGAUUUUGGGGUUGAAUUUGGGCACACCUGAAGCAGAGCAGGUGAGCUGGAGUUGUUGUUGGAUGUGUCCAGGAGUUUUCCAGGUAAAACUUCCUGGUGUUGUCACUUCCUGGCUCCUUUUCCAAGGUGAAAUCCAGAGGAAAUCGAGUCUUUUUUGGGAUUUAAUGAUUUAAUAAAAUAUUCCCGUGAGAGGGAGGAAUUGUCAUAGGAAAUUGCUGCCAGGCUCUGGGGUUGAGCUCAGAAAUACAGGGGAGGAAAAUAAGUUUAUUUUCUUUAAUUAUUCCUGUUUUAUUCAAGAAUGGAUGGAGCAGCAGGUUUGGGAUUGAUUCCCGAGGAGGGAAAGCUGGAGGACAGUGGAAAAAAUGGUUAAAAAGGGAAUUAAAAUAUAGAAUUCCUGGUGAUUUUCCUUCUUUGUCACCUGAUAAACAGGAGGUGAAUCAUCAAAUGGCCUUGUCAGGAAUUCAAGGCACAAAUGAAGCAGCAGGAGAGACUUUUCCAGGGAAAUUUGGGGGCUUUAAAUCCAAGAAUUCCUCGCAGGGAGGUGCAGAAAAACUUCUGUUGGGUGUUUUUAUUUAUUUUCCCUUUAAAAUUAAAAAGUUUGUGUUGUUUUAGCCGUUUUUGCUGACCCUCAGCCGCUGCAAUUUUGAUUUAGUUGAUUUUUUUACAAAUAAUUGGUUUAAAAAUAUUUUACUACAAAAAUUUUAAUGGAAUUCUCGGCAAAAGAGAGUUUAAAAUUCUCUUAAAUUGAUACAAGACCUGCUGAAUGCACCAGAGUUACUCAUUUUUAUUCAGAUUUUUUUUUUUAAUUUUUUUUUUUGAUUGCCACCUUGACACCAGUUUAAAAUUAGAGGAAAAAAACAUUUUUUAAUGAACCUUUUAAUAAUUAAGUUGCCUUAAUGGAGUUUAGAACUUUGAGGGGUUUUGGAGGAGGGGGGGUUUGGUUGAUUUUUUUCUGUUGUUGUUUAUUUUCAAGGUUUUAUUCCCACUCUUUAAACAAGAUUCACCCUCUGAACUGGAAUAUGGAAAAAUAUGGAAGGCCAACUGCUGAUUUAGUUUAAAAAGGAAUUAAAUCUGAAGGGAUUUUCUUUCCCCCCAGGGUGGUGGAUGUAGGAAUGUUGCGUUUUUAGGUGUGUCUGACUGCCUGAGGAAAGGAAAUUUCACCUUCCAUCCUGGGGAUUCCUCCUGAUUUAGGUUGGAAUUCCUGCUCUCAGCCAGGAGUGACCCCUAAUUCCCAAGGAUUUCAGUGUUGGCUUGAGCAAACCGAAGAAUUUGGGCUUGAAAUUGAAUUUUAUCUCCCAAGAGCGUUGGGGAAAACACCUGGAAAAAUGUUGAACUUCCACAAGAACGAGCUCCAGGAGUUUUUAGGAUUAGAUCCCCGGGAAUCUCCAUGACCCAAAAUCUGAUUUUGAAGGUCCAAAAGUGAAUUUAACCCUGUGGAAAUGGAAGAAGGGGAGGGAACCCUGCACUUAAUUCCUGUUUUAUUCCCUUUGUCAAGCAGUCAAAAAAAAAAGAAAACAAACAGCAAACCCAAUCACUAACAUGAGAAUCCAACUUUUCCGCUCUUUAUUUUAGAUUUGGGAAAAUUUCCUGGCCAAAAAAAAAAAACCAAAUCCUGGGAAAAUUCACUGUAGUGUUUGUGUGAGUAAAAGGUUCCAACCAUUUCUUCUUAAGCUGUAAAGAACAGUCUCAUUCGGUUUUGUCCUCCCCAAAGAGUCAGAAACCCUUUGCACAGGAAUGUCAGAGGGGUAAAAUUGACUUUUAAUUGGAUUUUAGCUGGUUUGGUUGCAGGUUGUACGGAAAAAGAACCCUAAAAAUCUGAUUUUUAUGAGAAUAUCCAAAAGAAAAGUGGGAUUCCCAUGAAAAAUAAUAUUGAAUUAAAUCAAUUUUUGGUGGCACCAAAAACCCCAAUCAGCUGCUGAAUUGGAUCCGAAGCAAGAUAAUGAUGGAUAAAUGGAUUAGGGACCAGCACAAACGGCAAAAUUGUAAUAUUUGAUGGAAAAACCGAGGAAUUCCUGACCCAAAUUCCCAAUCCGUGCAGCCACGCCGCUCCCAAAGCAACCCCUGCUUCCCAAAGCUCGCUGCUCCUGCUUUUCCUUGGACCAGGGAUCGAGGCAUUCCCGAGGGAUGGAUGGAUGGGGAUGGAUGUGUUUGUCCCCUGGGCUGUCACCGUGUCCCCAAAUCCCCUCUCACCGCCUUCACCUCAUCCAAAAUUCCAGCAAUAAUCUCAUUUUCCCCCAGUGAGAGACUGACCUUGCACUUCCAUGUGGGAAAUGGGCCAAAAUUCCUGAUUUUUAUUUUUUUUUUGCCGGUUUUCUCCUUGUUUUGCUGUCCCUCCCUCUUUUGGGGUGUGUAUAAACACAAAACUGGGUUUAUACACACAAAUUUGGGGUGGGGGAGGUUUUGCUGUGCAGGUCAUAAAGACGGGGGAAGGUUUUUGUGUUUUCUUAAUAGGUGAAGAAAUCUCAGAAGACCUGAAAUUGCAACUUACUGAAUUAAAAUAAUUUAAAAAAAAAAUAAUUAAAAAAAAAAUUAGAAAUUUCCCCAGCUGUGGAAGAUGGAGCCUCAUUUUUGCAGCCACUUUGAAUCCCGAGUUCAUCUUUAAAACAAAAAAAAGGCGCUGGGGCAUUUUUUUAAAAAAUUUUUUGUUGUUUUUUUUUAUGGUUCUUUUUGGUUUUGUUUUUUUAAUUUUUUUUUUUUGGAAGAGCUAAAAUAUCCCUGGCUGUCUCCAGCGUGCCACUUUUGCCAUGGACUCAAUUCCUCCAUUAGUUGUCAGAUUGUUCUGAGAGCGCCUCAGAGUUUGGAAUUGUUGGCUGAGAGGUUCCCUUGGAAUUGUCAGGAGGAAAAACAAAAAACACAAAAAAAAAAAAAAAGGAAAAAAAUUCUUUCUGCCCCUUUGUUAUUCAUUGACGGAUCCCUUCGGCCUACAGGAGAGGGGAACCGCAUGGCUGGGAAGAUCAAAGCCUGUGCUCAGCCUGGCCAGGGUUACUUUUAAAAAGAAGCUGUCACUGCUAAGCCAGGAGAAGCCUUUGGAGCGAAGCCAAUUCUUGCCCAGGCUGGAGGAGAGCCCUGGCAGGGAGCAAACCCGGAGCUUUCCCAAGGAUUCCUGCAGCAUGUCCAACCAGGGAGACGACUGCUACUUCUACUUCUACUCCACCUGCAACAAGGGAGAUUCCUGUGCCUUCCGCCACUGCGAGGCCGCCCUGGGCAGCGAGACCGUGUGCACCCUGUGGCAGGAGGGCCGGUGCUUCAGGAAUGUCUGCAGGUUCAGGCACAUGGAAAUCGAUAAAAAGCGGAGUGAGAUCGCCUGUUACUGGGAGAACCAACCUGGAGGCUGCCAGAAGCACAACUGCGCUUUCCACCACACCAAGGGGCGCUACGUGGAUGGGCUCUUCCUUCCCCCCAGCAAAACCACUCUUCCGAGCCCCCCUGAGGCUGCAGAGGACGAGGUGAAAAUGGUGCAGCUGCAGCAGAACAAACUCUCCGUCCAGUCCAACCCCUCCCCACAGCUCAGGGGGGUGAUGAAGGUGGAAAACUCGGAGAAUGUCCCCAGUCCCACCCAUCCCCCAGUGGUCAUCAACGCUGCAGAUGAUGAUGAAGAUGAUGAUGACCAGCUUUCUGAAGAAGGAGAAGAAACCAAAACCCCAGUCCAGGCACCACCCACAGAAAGCCACAACGGGCUGAGGGUGAUUUCCACCAGGAAACCCAACCCCAGUUCAAAGCAAGAUGACAACUUAAAUUUUGGGAUAAAAACCUUGGAAGAGAUCAAACUGAAGAAACUCAAGGAAAAAGCCAAAAAACAAGAAGGUCCUUCAGGAGUGGCUGUGGAUCCCCUCCAAGCCCGGAGCAUUCCCGUGCCGGAGAAGGAAAACGUCCGGACCGUGCUGAGAACUGUGACCCUCUCCUCCAAGGAAGGGGAGGACCCUGUGAUCCAGCUGAACAUUCCUGACAGACUGGGAAAAAGGAAAACCCUCACAGCUGGGAAAACUUUCCUUCCCCUGAGGAGGAACGUUGCUGACAGGCUGGGGAGGAAGGCAGAGCUGCAGGGCAAUGCUGACAAGGCCCCAAAGAGAGGCACAGUUCAAGUCCUGAAGUCUCUGAAGGAGAGGCUGGGGCUGCCCUCUGAGCAGAGCAGCACCGAGACAGACAAAGCUGCCAAGCCCAUCGAGGAGAUCCGGGUGAAAACCCUGGAGGAAAUCCGGCUGGAAAAAGCCAACCAGAGGCGAGGGGAGCCCCCAGCCAAAAUCCCGGGAGAAAGCAGGAAAACGGAAGAUUCGGGAGCGAGACCCUCCCCGGCCGCCCGCGCCAAAUCCCUGGCGGGAGCCCUGGCGGAAAAAAACCACAAAAGGUUGGGAGAGGAGAAGGAAAAACCCGAGGAAUUCCCCGGCAGGGCCAAAGCUGAGGCCGGUCCCAGGAAACAGAGCAUUCCUGCUCCAGCCGUGCCGGGCAGGGCGCAGCCGGCGGAGCCGGGAAGAGCCAAAGGAACGGGAGAGGUUCGGAUCAAAACCUUGGAGGAGAUCAAGAGGGAGAAGGCGCUGAGGAUGCAGCAGGGUGGGGAGAACGGCCCGGCCCCUCCCGGCCAGCCCCAGGCAGCCCUGAGGGGCAGGAAGCUGCUCCGGGUCACCAAGCUCGUAGCACCUGGAAGAGAAGAAAAAAUGAUUGUGGAGCUGAACAAACCUUCUCCCAAAGGGGUCUCUGCGCCUGCUGAGAAUUCAGGGAAUUCCGGAAUUCAGGUGAAGAGCCUGGAGGAAAUCAUGUGGGAGAAACGUCAGCUGAAACAACGCCAGGAGGAGAAACUCCAGAAAGGAGCUGGGGCAAUUCCAGCUGAAAAACAGGAGAAAAACAAGGAGAAAACCCCGGGAUCUGGGAGCCCCGAGCCUGCUGUGGGAUCAGCUCAUCAGCUGGGCAGGAGGAAAGUGGGGAAAUCCCAGGAGGACGCAGCGGGAAGCCCGGAGAAAGAUCCAGGGAAAAAGGGAGCUCAGCUGCCCGAGAGGAAAACCAGAACCAAAUCCAAGGUGUGCCUGAAGCCUCUGGAUGGCCCAGCCUCAGCCAGGCAGCCCCUGAAGAGGAAGAGCCCCGAGGGCCCGGCCGUGGUGGCUGUGAGGCCACUCGGUGCCACCAGCGCGGCCACCCCGGAGCCCUCAGCCCAGGUUGUUGUUCCCGCUUCUCCAGAGGACAGCCCGGGCUCCAAACCUCGGAGUGAGAAUUCCCAGAAGAGCCCCGAGCUGCAGGCUGGAAACCAGGGGGAAUCUCAGGCACAGUCGGAGGUGUCCGGAUCUUCCUCCUCCUCCUUCUCCUCUUCCUCGCUGGAGGUGCCGGUGAAGCUGCGGCGCCUGAGCUCCGCCGGCGCCGCCAAACCCGCCCUGUCCAUGGAGGACGACUUCGAGAAGCUCAUCUGGGAGAUCUCCGGGGGAAAACUGGAAGCAGAAAUCGACCUGGAUCCAGGGAAGGAUGAGGAUGAUCUCCUGCUGGAACUCUCGGAGAUGAUUGACAGCUGAGAGGGGGAGUUUGGGUUUUUUUUGGGUUUUUUUUUUUUUUAAAAAAAAAAAGCGGAAAAAAAACCGCGACACCAAAAAAAAAAAUUCCUGAAAAAAAAAAAAAAAAGGCAAAAUUCCGCCCCCACCCUCGUGCCCCCAUAUCCUGUAAAUAUUGUUGGAUCUGUGAUGGGGAUCCUUUUUCCCAGCUGGAAGUACAGUUGGAUUGUUAGGAAUAGGCAGAGUCUGCACUCAGUUAUCCCGAAAUUCCGGGGAGUUUGUCCCGCACGGGACAGGACAAAGCACUUGGAAUUCCCUCGGAGUCGGGGGGGGACACGGAUCCCAUCUCCAGAGCCAUCCCAGCUCCCUCCUGGACACUGAAUCCCAAAAAUGCUGGAGUUACUAUGUCAACUCUGGAACUGCCGGAUGGACGCUGCCUCUGGACUCGGAAUUGGGGGAAAUUCAGGAAAAACCACGAGAGGGAUCAGCCGGGUCAGGAUUUUGGACCAAACUCUGCCAGGAUGAGAGCCUGACUCGGAAUGAGCCAGGGGGAUUCUUUCCUGAUGGCACCGGGAUCCUGGGCUAGGCAGCCAAAAUUCCUCCUGGCUGCCUGCAGGAAUUUGGGAAAAGGAGGAUUGCUUCAAGUGCCUCUCGCUUCUGAGGAUCCCUCCCUGCCGAAGGACUGGAGUGAGCCUCCCACACACGGCCGGGAUCAUUUUGGGAGGAAGGAAAAGCACCUGGAAUGUUCCUCCUUUGGCUGCUUCCCUCUUUUCCAGCCUCUUGGAGAUGGGAUUGGGUGGAAUCCCCGUGGUUUUUGGGGUUUUUGUUUUUUUUUUUUCUCCCUGUAAAUAUUUUAUUCUUCCAUUUUAUAUUUGUAUGAUUCUAUUUAAGGGAUUAAAGGUAGGCUGCUCACUCUGGUGUCCCUGCAG